AUGUCUUGCCCCGAUUGCUUUAGAGGCUCUGAAAGAACAGACGCAACACCUACUGGCCAGGUGAUAACUCUUCAUGGCCUUCCUACAUACACCGCCAAUCCCUCUACGGGAAAAAUUCCGAAAGGAAUUGUUGUCAUAAUUCCUGAUGCCUUCGGCUGGGAGUUUGUCAACAAUCGACUCCUGGUCGAUGAAUACGCACGAAAGGGAGACUUUACGGUUUUCAUGCCGGACUUCAUGAAUGGCAAUGCUUGCCCACUCUGGGUGAUAGAGCCACUGGACACAGCCAUGAGAACCGAAUCUUUUAUGGGCUUCCUCAAAAAUUUGUACGAUUUUAUCCGUACGGUCUACGGCUUUGGACCCCAUUUGAUCAAGAACCGCAUGAGUGUCACAAUGCCGCGUGUCAUAGAUUUCCUCACGAAACUCCGCCAGGCGGAGGCCGCAAAUCUCCCAGUCGGCGUCGCAGGCUUCUGUUGGGGUGGUCAGCAUGCUGUCCACUUGGCGGCCGAAGCACCCAGCAAUAGCAAAGCUCUUGUCGAUGUCUUUUUCACAGCACAUCCAUCCUCACUUUCAUUUCCAAAAGACAUUGAAAAGAUCAAGAAGCCGCUCUCGAUAGCGGUCGGUGACAAAGACCCAUUAAUGACGCCAAAGCAAGCCGAGGAGACGGAGGCGAUACUGCGGAAGAACAAGGUGGAGCAGGAGAUUGUGAUUUUCGAGGGCGCUGGACACGGAUUUAGUGUGCGGAUAGAUCGCACAAAUCCGAAGCAGACAGAACAAGCGAUACAGGCUGAGGUACAAGCAGUUAGAUGGUUUGCCAAGCAUUUCGAGAUGGUACGCUCUGGAGAUGCAGGCACUGUGUGA